CGUUCUACCAAACAGUCCAAUCAGGCGCUGCGUCGAACAGGAUCAGAAUUACAGCCUCUUCCUGCUUGACAAUGCUGCGUAUGGAUGCUAAAUAUACUUAAUACAAAGCUUUAAAUAAGUAAACAUCGUUUUCUAUAACAUCUGAAGUUGGGUUGAUACUUUCGUGAUGGGUUUACUGACGAUUUUAAAGAAAAUGAAACAGAAGGAGCGGGAGAUGAGGCUGCUGAUGUUGGGUCUGGACAACGCAGGGAAGACGACCAUUCUCAAGAAGUUUAAUGGAGAAGACGUGAGCACCAUCUCUCCGACGCUAGGCUUCAACAUCAAAACACUGGAACACAGAGGGUUUAAAUUAAAUAUCUGGGAUGUAGGUGGACAGAAGUCGCUGCGCUCCUACUGGAGGAACUACUUUGAGAGCACAGACGGGCUGGUGUGGGUGGUGGACAGCGCAGACAGACUCAGACUGGAGGACUGCAGAAAGGAGCUCAGUUCACUGCUGCUGGAGGAGAGGUUAGCUGGUGCAACGCUGCUAGUGUUUGCCAACAAACAGGACUUACCAGGAGCCCUGUCAAAAGAGGCAAUACAAGAGGCUCUGGCCCUGGAUGAGAUCAAAAGCCAUCACUGGUGUAUCAUUGGUUGCAGUGCAGUAACAGGAAAGAAUUUGUUAGCUGGAGUGGACUGGUUAUUAGAUGAUAUCGCUGCAAGGAUUUUCACCAUUGACUGAGAUUGAUCCUGAUCAGCUGCGUCAUGUUAAAGGUCUCAUUGGAUUACGCAGUCAUCUGUAUUCAUAAGUACAGAAAACACGCCUGGAAUUUUUUGGGGAGAGUUGUGGAUAUCAUGUCUUAGGAUAAGAGAUCUAUGGUGAGAUUGUUCAAAAUGACCAAGAAACUAAACCUAAUUUAAGUUUGUUUACAGCAUGCGAUGUAUGCUCACUGACAGAAACCCUCUCCCAGCUGCUUACUUGUGCCUCACAUUAGUGUUGUAAUAAACUGAAAUGCCUUUUGAAUAAAUAUUGAAAAGGAA